GUUGCCUAGUCACUGACUGUGGCCUCUGCUUCUCACUACAGAUGCCAUUCAGACAAGCCCACACUGCCUCUGGGAAGGCCGUCCACCUCGCCGAGUCUAAAGGCAUCACCAUCAAUAAUCUCAGCCUGGAUGACCUGAAGAGCAUCAGCCCCCUGUUUGGCAGCGACGUCUCCCAGGUCUUCAACGUUGUCAACAGCGUGGAGCAGUACACGGCCCUGGGCGGUACCGCCAAAAGCAGCGUGACUGCCCAGAUCGAGCAGCUCAGGGAGCUGCUGAAGAAGCUGAAAGAACAAGCUUAGAGUUUGGGGAAGAUAUCCCAUGGAUGCAGCGUUGUGCCUAUCACACUAAUCUGGAGUUAAUAAACACUGUGGUGUAUGUAGUUCACUGAAA